CGCAUUAAACCAAAGAUUCGUUGGCUGAACGUGCAGCAGCGCGCGCGAUCUAAUAAAUUCGAUCCUAAAAAAAAAUUCACAUCCGAAACGGAGCUUUAGCUCCUGGCUAAAAAUCCAAAAAAAAAAAAGAGUACAAAAUCAGGAAAGCAGAAGACGGUAAAGCAAUCAGUUCAUCUCAUAACCAAUUUGAAGCGUUACGAAUUUCGCGCCAAAGACAAAUCAAGGAAUACGGGAUACGAACUCCAAGCUGAGUUGCCCACUCAGAGUUUGAUUUAGUUUCGGUUUUGCAUUUCGCAAUUCACAAUUCGCAAAUUCGGUUUCAGAUUGUGUCGAAUCUUCAAUUGCAUAACGGCAGUAAUAAUCGCAUCGUGUUGUGUGCUUCUUUGGUUUAGUUUGUUGCAGCCGGCAAUGCUCGAUGCAGAUGCAGCAGAUGCGGCCAUCGUAAUCCCAACCGCCUGACAAGGAAAACGAGAAAAAUAAAACAAAAAUAAAAACGACUGGGAAACAAAUAACCCAAGUGACUGUGAAAGUAACGAACGGUGAGGCACAGAUUCAGAUAUUCAAUUACUCUUACUAGUCUGCUGGUGCCUUGUCGCCGCUACACAAUGAGAAUCCAAAUCUUGGUCCUGACACUCGUGCUGGGCCUCGUCUGCGCCCAGGCCGUGGAUGCGGAGGCCAAGAGCAGUAAAGACAGCAGCAGCAUUCGAGCGGCGGAAGACAGCAAGAGCUCCGCCUCCACACCGCUGGAAACGGAGGCGACCAAAGACAAGCGACAGGUGAGCUCCAAGGAGACGUCUCUGUACCCCAACCAUCGUAGUUCGGAGGCAUCGCCAUCUGGCAGUGAUGAUCCCGAAGAUGGACAGGAGACUAUCUAUGGAGCCAAGCCAAAUCAGUUCAUCAUCCGUCCCAUUGCCCCGCAUCAACACCAGCAACACGAAUCACAUCAGGAACCGCAGUUGAGGAACUUUGCGGCUGGCAAUUCCCGACCUCAUGCAGCGCAACUUCUCGAGCAGAGCCAGGAGGUGCAGCACUAUGUCUAUCUGCAAGAUAUAAUGCGCCAUCAUCAGCCCAAGGCCCUGGUGGCCGCAGGUCAAGGCAAGGGUGCGGCCAGUACGCCCAAGAAGACAUCGACUCCGGUGGCCGAGGAGGAGCAGGAACAGGAGGCGGAGCAGCGUUAUGCGGUGUCCAUUCAGCCGCAGCCACAGCCCCAGCAACCACGUCCGCGUCAGUAUCAGGGAGUUGGUCCCUAUCAACUCCCAUUGCCUUUGCCUGCUCCACAGCAUCAGUCGGUUAAUCCCCAGCAGCAGCAGCAACAUCAGCAGCCCUAUCAAGUAAUUCCCGAAGAGCAGUUCCUGAAACUUCUGGAGGAGGAGCUCCAGGCUAGGGCCUACCACGAGCAACUUCGUCAGCAACAGCAACAUCAGCAGCAGCAGCAACAACAUCAUCAACAGCAGCAGCAACAGCAUGUGCCACCUCAACCUAAGCCACUGCCCAUCCACAGUACAGCUGCCACCCACAAGGUGCUGCAGCAAGCGGAUCCCUCUCUAGGGUUAGGUGGCUAUCGUGAGCGUUUUGUGGCCGAUCAGGAACUGGUCACUCCCACUUACUCUCAUCCUCGUGGCGGUCCCAAGUACCUUCCUCUGCCGCAGUCACAGCAACUCCAAGAUGACGAAGAGCCUCAGCAGCAGCAACCUCAACGUGUACAGCUUCAUAAGCCCAUACCUCAUCCUGGCCAGCAACUGAUCCACGGAUUGCCACCACAGAUUGCCUACUACCAACCACAGAUCAGUUACAAAACCCUGCCCAACCAUCCUCUGGCCAAGUCCUCUCUUGAAAGCGAAAUUGAGAAAUUGCUUGCAGCCAAUAAACCAGGACAAUCUUUGGCCUAUGUGGACAGCAGCAAUGAACAGGUUGCAGUACGUCAGCCUCCUCCUCAACACCCACCGGCACCCACCUCUCAUCCAGCCUUGAGGCAACCCAAAGCAUAUCUGGCCAGUACACCUAACUCCCUGCUGGAUGCCAAUAACCAGCCGUUUGUUCCUUCACUCUUUAAGUUUAGCAACUUCCAGCAACCGACGCCCAUUUAUCCAACCCCGGAACCCAAGCGAUUGGGUCCCGUGGUCUAUCCCACUCAGCAGGCUAAUCAGCCGCAGCCGUCGCAGUAUUACUACCAGGAGGCUACACCCACAGGUGCUCCCAAACCAAGCCCCAUACCCAAGCAAUAUCACCGAUCGAAACACUAUAAAUUGGCAUCACCCACGAAAGCUCUGCUUUAUGCAGACUAUGAUCGUCAGGGCUCGCCUUCUCCGCCACCACCAUCCAACUUCUAUCCCAGUCCGCCGGAUCCGAUAAAGCAUGCCCAGAGAAAUCUGGCCGUAACACCUACAGCUCUGCCACUGCAUGCUGAAUAUCCCUCGCCCUCUCCUUCACAAUCUAGUAUCUAUGUGUCGCAGGGAACUGGAAUUGCUACCCCAUCCCGACCCACACCUACUACAGCUCCGAUUCAGAAGCUCCGAACUCUGGAUGAAGUGAAGCAACUUAACCUGCCGCCUCCCAAUGGCAAACCCCUUACCCAGGCUGAAUUCCAAGCUCUCGUAGAUGCUGGAUAUCCGGUAAAGGCAGUCCCUGUACCAGUUCCCGUUCCGUAUGAGCAGUACGUAAAGGAUCAUCCGGAGUACCGUAAUCACCCGCCUGUAGAUUACGCUCAUAUCAUGCGCUUGGCCACACGGCAAUUGGCUGCUCAUCAGCAACACAGAUCACUGGCUGCUCCCUCGGAGCCGUCGGUCAAGAUCUUGUCUACUCCGUCGGCUGGAGAGCUGCAUCAGCAAACAGCGACUGGCAUCGGUGGCGGUAGUAUUACGUAUUUGCAACCCAUUGAGGGUCAAUCCCAUCCCCAUACCCUGGCCCAUGUCCAUGCGCUGCAGAAGAGGAGGCCGCGUGAUGAACAAGACACUGCCGUGGCUGGUAGUGAGCCCAAGGCGGCGGCUCCAGAAGCAGAGCCUGCGAAGGAGAAGGUGCAGUAAACCCGCUUCCUGUUUUAGUUAAAAUGUCCUUGCCUAGUUUGUAAGUAUUGUAAAAAUGUUUCAGCACUUCCUUAAUGUUAAAUUAUAAACCGACAAAUAAAAAUAUAAAAAA